UGAGAUACGAGAUACACUCUUUCAACAUCGAACUUUUGAAAAAAUGUCUUUACUUGAUCAAUCUUAUUAUUCUCAAAUAUGGGGCAGUCUCCUGGGGCUUAUAAUUUUAAUUUUAGACAUUAUCGCAAUCUUUGAAGUCCUGCAAUCUGGACGUUCGAUGCUUUCAAAACUUUUAUGGAUACUUUUGAUAUUUUUCUUUCCUAUCGGUGGAUUAAUCAUUUAUUGGUAA